GUAAGGCAGUCCUGUGCUACUUCUGAGUUAUUGCUAGCCGACGGUAGUACCAGGCGGACUACUUGUAUGUUGCCGUGCCGUCGUGUGUUACUUUCUGGGCGUUAACGGGAGCUCAGUGUGUCGUCGUUGGUGUGAUGGAACUGGACAAAAUGGACGAGAACGAGUGGAAGUAUCACGGCGAGGGGAACAAGAGCCUGGUGGUCUCACACGUACAGCUUUCCAGAGUUCUACGCCUGCUCAAGUAUCCAGCCGAGGACUCAGAAAACCCACCACAGACGGUGGAGCAGGCCUUCAGACAGGUUCAGAACAUUGUUGACUUCAGCUCCAACGUGAUGAGCAGCCUGCUGGGAGAGAAGUUCAUCCACAGCGGGGAAGUGGUCAAACUGCCGCUAGAGUUUGUGCGACAGCUGUCAAUCAAAGUUCAACAUCAAAGACCAGGCUGGCGCUGUGAUAAGGUGAUGGACAUCUACAGCGGCUGUGCGCUCUGUCUGCCCAACCUGACGUCUCCAGGGCUCCACCAGCCACACACUCCUCCACUCUGCAUCGAGAUCAAGCCUAAAUGUGGCUUCCUGCCGUACUCCAAACACGUCAGCAGAGAUAUCAAGACCAAAGUUUGCCGCUUCUGCUUGCACCAACACUACAAGGUGGCCAUUGGGAAGUGGAAGAGCCGCAGUCUGUACUGUCCUCUAGACCUGUUCUCAGGGAACAGACAGAGAAUGCACUUUGCCAUCAGACACCUGAUAGAAGAACCGCAGAACAACUUCAAAAUAUUCAAGGGCGGUCAGUGUGUCUACAGCAGUAAGGAAGGCAGUGACGACUCGAUGGACCUGAACUCUCUGCUGCAUCAUCUCAGACCGUACUUCUUGUACGGAAACAACAGAAUCAACAGUCACAUGACCAGCAAAGCUCUUCUGAACGACUUCAUCCAGGUCUUGGUGAACGCCCUGCUGAGUGGUGGAGGAGGAGACGGAGGGGUGACGGACAGACGAGAAGGACGGAGCUUCUGUGAAGCGAGUCUGUUCAACAAGGAGAGGAUUCGCCACGGCUCUCAGGGUUUACCCAGCGACAGCGUUUUGUACAGGAUUCGUCAGACUCAGAUGUUGGACACUCAGGACAUCGAAGGACUUUACCCUCUGUACCGCCGAGUAGAGCAGCACCUACAAGACUUCCCCAAGGAGAGAACUCGUCUUCAGAUGGACGGGCCGUACAACGAGGCCUUCCUGGAGAAGCUGCAAAAAUGUCCGACUGAGGACGACGGCUCCGUGGAGUUCGCUGUUGCCAAGGUCCAUCAGUACCGCGUCGCCAUGACAGCGAAGGACUGCUCCAUUAUGGUUGCCCUGGUGCCCAGCAGUGAGGAAGAAGAGGAUGAUGAAGGUCAGAGGCAGCUCAGGGACUUCCUCUCCCCCAGACCUCCUGCUUUCUCUUACUCGGUCUCCAUCUUGGAUCUGGAUCCGAAGCCGUUCGACAGCAUCCCCCGUCAGCUGCGUCUGGACCAGAGGAUCGUCUCGUGCUACCAGAGGACUGGCGCUGCCUUGCCAAAAGGCUCUCUGCCGCCGCACUCUGGCAUCUUCACUGCUGCGGAGAGGGAGGACUGCACGCUGCUCUUCCACCCCGUGUGAACGCCUAAUAAGAGCCGGACGACCCUGAAGACGAACUGACCGCUGCUUCGUGUUGAUGCAGAAUCACUUCAGACCAGAGCUGUUCAUCCGAAUCUAUACAGCAUCACUUUCUCUUCACUCGGCUCACGUCAAGCAAAAUUUAAAUAUCCAGGAAGUCACCACUAACUCGGACGUUUUAAGCGACUUCCAGAUAUUUCUGUUACUGAUUCUAGAGUUAUUCGUGGCGACGACUUCUCGCUCCUGUCAGGAGGUGAAUCCAAAACGUUUCUCUGCUAGACAUGAUUCAUAUUUAUUAGAAAACGUACGAGGGGCUUUCUUCCCCCCCCCCCCCCACACUUUAGUGACGAAGGAUUCGGAUCGACCUCCUGACGGGACAUUCUUUUCACGGUUGUCAUGGGAACAACAUGACAGUUCACGUUCUCUAUGGCAACGUUGCUGACGGCAAAGCUCUGAGACAGAAAGAAGAAUGAAAGUGAUUGAGAGAAAAGCAGGUCGUUGGGCGUCGAUGUACGUAUGAUGUCAUUUCCUGAAUGUAGGCGGGGCCUCUGGUAGAGGCGGAGCCAAUAUGUAAGUCCAGGUUGAACUGUAGCGACACAAAGUGCUGCAGGGAUGACACGACCCCAACGUGUUGCCGUCACUCUGGUUCCCUCGACAAAACACUGGGAUUUAAACUCUGUGGUAAACAACAUUUUAUAUGUUUUGUUCAGCAAGAUUUUAACCUUUUGAUUCAUGAAGUGAAAUUCAAUCGCCAGAACUUUAAUACCAAAUACAGCGGUCACAUGACGCUUACCUCUUUAACAAAAGCGUUUCCUCUUCGAGUGAUAAAUCUACAAGUUGGAAGGUUUCGGUUACAAUAGUUUGCAAAGAGGAAACGCAACGAGGCUGUGAAGGCGCACUAGUGAGUAGAUGAGUUUCCGUGUUCGCUGCGAUGGCGUUUAAUGUCCCCGACAACCUCAUUUGCCUUUUUUAAAGACGCGUAAAAGCUUCACAUGUCAUGAAUAUUUACUGAUAGAACU